AAAGAAUUCAUGUUAUUCUACUUCCAUUAAAAUUAUUCUCUCAAUCAACAUACAAGAACAAGAAUCGCAUAGUACAUUUUCUUCUCAAGAUUCAGCACCUCACAUUUCUUAUGCAUAUGUUCAAAUCUUAGGAUAAAAAUAGUAGAAAUUGUAAACUCAACUGCAAAGUCCUCCUUUAGUAAAAGAUGUUGACUUAUUAAUUAAUCUACUUUCUUCUCCCAAGUUGAUGCGAAUCAUUCAGGCUUUUAAUUUACAAUAUCUUUCAUUUCUUAAUUAUAAAAAGACAAUAUACGAUAGAAUAAUGAGAGCGCAACCACAAAAUGUACGAUGUAUAAUCUUUUUGUUGCGAUCGAAAUUUAUACAAAAAAAAAAAAAAAGUUGCAGGGGUGGAGAAUCUUAUCAACUUGUGUUGACUAUGAUAAAAUAGAAAGGGCAAUUAAUGAAAUGUGUUGUUCUGUUCAAGUAUUGGUUGGCUCGUCCAUAAAUACUAGACCAUUUUCCCCCAUUUCUUGCAGUGCAGUCAUUCAAGCUUCUACUUAGUUUCUCCUCAUUUUAUUUUUAGAAAAAUUGUACAGAAAGAGAAACCCCAGCACAAUUUCGAGCCGCCGCGUCUCAAAUAUUUUAGUAUUUCAACAAAAUCAGAGAGUACGACUUUCUCCUCGUAAAGAGCAUAAACCAGUCUAUUUUUGAAUUGCGGCCAGGGGGUCUUUCGUCAUUUCAAAUAAGUCAAAUAUUUUUUGAUAAAAAAAAUGAAAAUAUCAUUCUCUGCAUCCAAACAAAUACGCCCCUUGCUACACAUACCUAGCACCUGCACUCAGCUCCUCCGCCACGGCCCGCCCAAGGAGAAGGUGGUGGUGGUGAUGGGCGCCACCGGCGCCGGAAAAUCGCGUCUCUCGAUCGACCUCGCCACGAGCUUCUCGGCGGAGAUCAUCAACUCCGACAAAAUGCAGGUCUACCAAGGCCUCGAAAUCGCCACUAACAAAAUCACCGACGAGGAGCUGCGCGGCGUGCCGCACCACCUCCUCGGCGUCAUCGACCCCGAAUCCGACUUUUCCGCCGCGAACUUCCGCGCCAUGGCAUCCAUCUCCCUGCAGUCGAUCCUCAGCCGCCGGCAGCUUCCAAUCAUCGUUGGAGGCUCGAACUCGUUCGUCGAGGCGCUCGUCGACGUGAAUUUCCAAUCGCGGUACGAUUGCUGCUUCCUCUGGGUGGACGUGGCGAUGCCGGUGCUGCACUCGUUCGUGUCGGAUCGCGUCGACAAGAUGGUAGAGAGAGGGAUGGUCGACGAAGUUAGGGCAUUUUUCCGGUCCGACGCCGAUUACUCGCGGGGGAUCCGGCGCGCGAUAGGCGUGCCCGAGUUAGACGAGUUCUUCCGAGUCGAAUCGUCGUGCGACGAGGAGACUCGCGCUAGGGUUCUGGCGGAGGCGAUCGACGCGAUCAAGAUGAACACGAGCAGGCUGGCGUGCCGGCAGCUGGAGAAGAUCCACCGGCUGAGGAACAUCAGAGACUGGCGGAUGCACCGCCUCGACGCGACGGAGGUGUUCAGGAAGCGCAGUGGAGAGGCGGAGGCGGCGUGGGAGAGCAUGGUGGCGAGGACUGCUGAGGCGGUAGUGAGUAGAUUUUUGUACGAUUCGGAGCCCGCGGUUUACGGCUGCGUGAUGGCGAUGAGGAGCGGCGCUCGGCCGCUGAUGGCGGCGACGGCGUCUUAAUUGGGCGGCAAAUAGUUGAUGGAAUGUGCUUGUGAAUUUCUGGUGCCAGUUUUGGGAGUAUUUACAAUUUUGUCCCGGAAUUAUAAACUUACCCAUAUAUAAAUAAUGGAAUUACCCUUGUAUUUCUGCCGACCAAAGUUAAUAUAAUUUCUAACAUUAAUAAUAUAGAACUCAAAUUCGACU